CUGUGCUUAGGAACAUGAUGUUAAGUAAAUUAUAUUAUUUGUCUAGUACCAAGGUCUGGAUAUUUGAAAAUGUCUAGGUUACUAUUUUCAGCGCGUAGAUUAAUGCCGCAAAAAGAACUUUUAAUUGCCGGCACGAGCAUCGUUAAGCAAUUGAGAGGAAAAGCCUCCACGCCAAUGAACACAAUUGUGAUGUUUGUCCCACAGCAAGAGGCUUGGGUAGUGGAACGUAUGGGAAGGUUUCAUAGAAUUUUAGAUCCCGGUCUCAAUAUACUUGUUCCCGUCGCCGAUAAAAUCAAAUAUGUGCAAAGCUUAAAGGAAAUCGCGAUAGAUGUACCCAAACAAAGCGCCAUUACAUCCGAUAAUGUCACACUCAGCAUUGAUGGCGUGCUUUACUUACGCAUUAUUGAUCCGUAUAGAGCUUCCUAUGGUGUAGAGGAUCCCGAAUUCGCUAUAACUCAACUAGCGCAGACGACAAUGAGAUCUGAGCUUGGUAAAAUGUCAUUGGAUAAAGUGUUCCGCGAGAGAGAAUCCCUGAAUGUUAGCAUUGUCGAUUCCAUAAAUAAAGCCAGCGAAGCUUGGGGCAUUGCCUGUUUACGUUACGAAAUCCGAGAUAUUAGGUUACCAACUAGAGUCCAUGAAGCGAUGCAAAUGCAAGUCGAAGCUGAAAGAAGAAAAAGAGCUGCUAUUCUGGAGUCGGAGGGUGUUCGAGAAGCCGAAAUCAAUAUUGCUGAAGGCAAACGAAAAUCAAGAAUAUUAGCGUCAGAGGCUGAACGGCAAGAGCACAUUAACAAGGCCAGCGGAGAGGCUGCUGCCAUCAUUGCAGUCGCCGAUGCACGAGCUCGUAGUCUACAAGCUAUAUCAAAAUCUUUAGCACAUACGGACGGUAGAAAUGCAGCAUCUUUAACAUUGGCCGAACAAUACAUUGUCGCAUUUGAGAAGUUAGCAAAGUCGAACAAUACGAUGAUAUUGCCAUCAAAUCCAGGAGAUGUAACUGGACUUGUUGCGCAAGCUCUGGCUGUGUACAAUGCUGUCUCUAAACAGGGCUUUGCUUUGCCUCCACAAAGCAAUGAACAACAACAACAYCUUAAGAAAAAUGUAGAAUACAAUCAACUGAGUGAAGAAAAGAAUGCUGUAAAAAUUAAUAUUGAAUAAAAUCAAAUUUUAGUAACAA